AUGCAGUUAGUCGUGGCACAGGUGGUUUUUACUUUGUUUGUGGAUAUGGUGAAACUGGUUCCACUCAGUGUUAACCAGGACUCUAUUUGUAAUAUAAGGCAAGGCACACCCCUCGCACGUCUUAUUUCAUCUGCAAAAUUAAUUAUAUGGGAUGAGGCACCUAUGUUAAAUAAAUUUUGCUUCGAAGACAAGUGCCUUAAGGAUGUUCUUCGUUUUGAUGAUGGAUAUAAUCCUGAUGCUCUAUUUGGUGGAAAAAUUGUUGUUCUAGAAGAUGAUUUCUGUCAGAUAUUGCCUGUGAUUCCUCGAGGUUCCCGGGAAGAGAUUGUUCAUUCGUGUAUUAAUGCUUCAAACCUGUGGCAAUCUUGCCAAGUGUUGCAGUUAACUGAAAACAUGAGGCUGAGCCGUGGUUCGUGA